AUGGCGAUUCUAACAAAUGCCGAUAAGGAAAAGAUCAAGCGCGCAAUCCCAAAGGCAUCCAAUAAAAUUAUCGAUGCCACCGCCUGUAGACUCUACAUUGCUUAUCCUGAUCCAACAAAAUGGACAUACACUGGACUUGUAGGCGCAAUUGUGUUGGUCGAUGACUUGGUGGGACACACGUUCUUCUUGAAACUCGUCGACAUUCUUGGUUCCCGCGGCGUGUUGUGGGACCAGGAGCUCUACGUUGAUUUCCAGUACCAUCAGGAUAGGACGUUCUUCCAUACGUUCGAAACAGAAGAUUGUCUCAUGGGGCUUCUAUUCGAAGAUACGCUGGAUGCAGCCCAUUUCUUGAAGAAGGUGACUACCAAAGAGAAGCAUGCUUCGAAGCAAACGGCCAAUAACAAAAACGCAAUUGCAUUGAAGGACCGCUUGGCCCCUCAAGCGCUGAAACUAGGCUCUCGAGGAGAAUUCAUUGACGCAAAUACAGGUCAGAGAUCGCGGAGAGCAAAGGGAAUCUUGUACUAUGAGGAUCAGCCUCCUCCGGAGUGGCGGCUGUUGUAUGCUGAGCUAGCUGCUGCUGGUAUCACUGAGGACGUAAUCGCAGACAAUAGGCAAUUCAUCAAGGAUUACAUAGCUUCACAGGGCGGGCCACUUGUGGGACUUGAACCGCCAAUUCCCCGUCGGUACGCUCAGGGCGCGGCGGCUCCAGCGGCCCCAAGCAUAUCUCAGCCUGUCCCUCUGGCUCCUAGAAAGACCAAAAAGGCUCCACCCCCACCCCCACCUCCAGCCUCGGGAGCUACAAAUACGUACGAUACGUCAUAUUCUGCCUCUCCAGCUUCAUCCAUAGCUCCAUCUGGUCCUUCUACACCAGCUCCAACAGCUCCAACAGCUCCACCAGCUCCGCCCAGUUCUCACGCUGCGCCAGCCAUACCUAGCCAAUACGCUGAUGAUGCCGGUGACGACAGCAGUUCCGUACCAGAGUCUCCUGUUCCCGCAGCCACUCCAGUCCUGCCCCAAGCUCGGUUUAGGCUUCCCCCUGCAAAUGCACCAAUCCCCCAAGUGCUGCACCCAACGGCUAUCCCUCCAUUCCAAGCCAGUCACUCGGCGACUCCAGAGCCACCAGCACAAUUCUCACAGGUUCAGAACCAGGGCCCACCUCCACUUUCUCAGUUCAAGCCAGGAAUUCCUUCGAAUUCUGUUCAUAAUGCGCCUCCACCGUUACCGCCCCAAGCCCACAAUUCCAACAGACCCGGCCCUCCACCACCUCCAAGAGCUGGCGCAAGAGCCGCAGCUCCAUUGCCUCCUCGUUUAAAUACAAACAACACUGGAGCCAUGCCACCACCUCCUCCGCCUAGGGCCAACAGAGCUGUUCCGCCCCCUCCACCCUCACGAGCAUCUAUGGCGCCUCCUGGAAAUCUGGUACCUUCUUCCUUUGCACCUCCUCCGCCACCAAUGCGCGACUCGAUCCCAUCCAUGCCCCCACAACCGGCCGCAUUGCCUCCUCGACAGGAGCCAGUUCCACAAGCCGCCAUGGGUCAGCAACAGCAACAACAACAUCCUGUCAUUCCAUCAAAUCCAAGCUACCAGCCACCUCCACCUCCACAAAGGACGGUCGAAACGGCAGCAGCUGUGCCACCGCCACCACCACCUCCUCCGGCUACGAGUGCGUCUGCUUCUGAGCGCGGACCUCCACCACCACCUCUACCUCCACAAGAUUCAUCAGCAUCCAGCGGGUUGCCACCACCACCGCCGCCGCUACCUCCACAAACUGCUGCAGCUCCUCAGGGAGGCAUUCCACCUCCGCCACCUCCGCCCCCUCCUCUGGUUCAACCUUCUGGUGGUGCACCCGCUCCACCUCCUCCACCUCCACCACUUGCGGCACCUGAUACGGGAGCAAGUGCGCCUGCAAUGCCAAUGCCAUCAGGAGACUCCGGCCGAGAUGCAUUGUUGGCAUCCAUCCGUGGCUCUGGUCUUGGCAUGCUUAAAAAGACUGACAAAUCUCAAUUGGAGAAACCUAGUGUACUUUUAAACGAGGCAAGAGGUGAGCCAACAGCACCAACAUCCAGCCAAGCUGGAGGCGGCGCAGGCCAACCAGAGACUUUAGCCGAUGCAUUGGCCAGUGCCUUAAACAAGAGAAAGGGUAAAGUCGCCGAAAGUGACGAUGAGGACGACAAUGACGAAUGGUAG